AACCUCACUCGUAGCUUCCAACCUCAUCAGCACAGAGGGAUGCAGAGGAAGACCGGAGAAGAUAAUAAAUCUUAAUAAAGAACUGCGAAUUAAAGGAAAAUGGCCAGCCAGUCCCAAGGCAUCCAACAGCUUUUGCAAGCAGAAAAGCGAGCCGCUGAGAAGGUCGCCGAAGCGAGAAAACGUAAGACCCGACGUUUGAAGCAAGCCAAAGAAGAAGCUCAAGCUGAGAUUGAACAGUACAGGACAGAAAGAGAAAGGGAGUUUCAGCAGAAGCAGCAAGCGGCUAUGGGCUCUCAAGGCAAUUUGUCCUCAGAGGUGGAGCAGCAGACGAAGAAGAAGAUCCAGACCAUGCAGACCAACUACCAACGUAACCGAGAGAAGAUGUUAAGGCAGCUGCUGACCCUGGUGUGCGAAAUCAAGCCAGAGAUUCACAACAAUUAUAAAAUCGGAGCAUAAGGAAGAGAAAGAAUAAGGCAGAGUGAAAGGGUGUGAGAUGGAGUGGAUGGAUGAAUCAGAAGAAAAUAUUUUAGGUUAGUCAGUUAAUAAGAACACUAGUCCAUUUUAUCAUCUUGAUAUUCAUUAGAGCAGGGUGUGGGACUGAGAGAACAGAUAACAAUAUAUGUAAAUAAGAUGGUGGUCGUGCUGUGUUUGCUGGAGUAUGACAGGGAGAAUAACAGAUGGGAAUGACUGAAGGUGGUGGUGGAAUGAGAGAUUAAUCAGCUGGCCAGAGAUCAGUAAGGCAGGACAUCUGUUUGUCUUCUGCAUCAUUGAAUUAGGUGAAGGGAUUGGGAAAAUCAAACUUCAACAUACUAAAUGCCCACCAUUGUGGUGGAUUAUUUUAAAAUCACUGAAUCUAAUUGCUGUUCAGGCCUACUGUAUACAUUGGGUUAAAUCAAUGCACCGCAGUAUGCUCAUAUUUACAAAUCAUAUUGUUUACUUGAAAAUUGUAUCAAAUUGGAAUCAUGUUUUAUGCUUAAUCAGAGUUUUCUUUGUCAAAUACAAAUUAAUGAAGCCAGUUUCGGGAUGAAGAGAACACCUUUAAUGACAUGUGCGUGGAGUCACUAGCAGUAAACCAACAAGGAGAUGACUGAAUGACAGCUGUUGAUUACACUUCUUAAAUACAGUUAAUUACAGGAGUAUGUGAUCAGUGGGCAUUUCUCAUCUCCAUGCAAGUUAAUGAUGAAUAGACCCUUGGAGUUGUAACAUCUGUUACUCUUACUUGAACAGGUUCUUUAUCAAUGCUUAACCUUGUACUUGUAGUGGCAGUUCAGCACAGCCUGAGACUGGGUCACAGAUCACAGGGCUUCAGUGAAAAUGCCUAGUGGUAAGGGCAAAAGCUAAUAAUACAAAGGUUAUAAUAAUCAAUAUAAUAAUCAAAUAAUGAAAAUCAGAUUUAAUAGUAAGAAUCAUCUCCUGACAGUUUUCAUAUAUAUCUUUAAGUCGCCUUUAGGAAUUUUAUGAGGGGAUCAAGAAGAAGGACAGCCCCAAUUACACAAUCUCUUUUUACUUCAAUGAGGCCUCUACCCAUUUGCCGAUGUUUUCUGGGUGCUCCUCUCCAUCUCCAGUCACCAUCUCUCAUGGAUUAAGAGGAAAUCAUACAGCAUUAGUGCCUCUGCAGGCUGAUCCUCCCCGACAAUGAUGGUGUCUGUUUUGUCUUGGUAGAGUAAUAUAUUGCUCUACUUUCCCCUAUUGUAUUAUUAAUAGGUAGCCUUAGAAUACCUAAUCUCACAGACUUACCACUGUGUAUAAGAUAUUAUUGUAUAUAACUUAUCCCCACCUUCCCUUCUAUAUCUAUAACCUCAGGCAAUAAGAUGUAGUAAAAAGACAAUCAGGAAUUAAGUUACACAUAAAAUAAUGUAUUACUGAUAAUAUUCAUAAAUAAUAACAAAAUGCAAAGUACAUUUGAAUAUUGGCAACCAUACAACCUGAUUAAAUGGUGAUAUGUAGUUCAGGCGGCACACAGACUUGUAGUUACUUAAAAUGUCUCUAGUUAAGGCAUCAUUGGUGCUCAGCUUUCUUCAGAACAGGCCUUAAGCCUGGUCAAUAUGGCUGCUGAGUUGUGCUCUUCAUUGUGUUGUCUUCAUCAUCACAGGUUAGCAAGAGAGAGAUUGUGAGGUUAAACACGUACAUUUAUAGAUGUUCUGUCCAACCCCUACAGCCAAUACGACAUCAUGGUACUUAAAAGCUUCUGAUCCAAGCCAAUUCCAAACAGCCAUACUUCAGACCAAUGGGGGAAAUAGAACAUCUUAACACCUGCCCCCAAACCAUAUGUUAACGGAACCUGGGUUUCUUGCGGGGGAUGAAAGACUUUAUUUAGCAAAGAAACACUCGCCAAACUGGUUUAAGGCACAUCCUCACCCAACUCUGUCGUAAAAUUCAAAGAGACUCAGUCGUUUUUGGGGGGUGGGGGGGGGGGGGGUGGUGGGGUGUUGGAUAGUAAACACUAAAUUACAUUGCUUUGCCUAAAUUACAAAUAAAGACAUACAAAAUAUUUAUCAAGUUAUAUGCAAAAUGUCACAUCACAACAGCGUCUAUUACAGUUUAAAAUAAUCAUACCCAGUUCUGAAGUUACCACAAUUAUUCGAAAUUAGUCACAUUAGUGAAAUAUAUAUACACAUAUAAUCAGAUCUUUUUGCAGGUAUUCAGUGGCAGACACGAUUGUUUUACUUUCACAUCUCCCAUUUCUCUACUUCCAAAAUUGCGUGGGUAAUAUGGGAGUUUCUCCUACAAUUGACUCCCAUGAUUGGUUCCUGUCAAGAUGGAUAGACUCUAGCUAACCUGAUCCAGUAAUGGAACAAUAAGGUUAAGAAAACGGAUAGAUAAUAUGGAAAAGAAACGAUUCAAAGAGAUUGAGUGUUUGUGUUGCAAAGUGUUGUUGACAGUCAGUUCCUGCAUGAUGCUGUGUUACAAAUCUUACAUAGUGAAAUACUGUAUCUGUACUGUAAUGUACUGUGUGUACUUUUUUCUGUCCAAACCAUGAUGUGAAAUCAAAACACUUGGAACAUUCUCUUACAAGAUUUGUUUCUUUUAUUAUGACUGCUGCACAUGCUCAUGUACUUGGAAUGAGAGACAAGAGUAAAAAUACUGCUAAACACUUUGAAUCUCCAGUAGUAAAAACACAUGUGGGAGGCACAGAUUGUCAGAAAGCUAAAAUUCUCUGCUUCUUGUCACCAAAUUCCAGAUCUUUCACCUGUUUCCUUUAAUUUUCUAUCCAUUCCUCCUGUUCUAGUGUCUUUUGCCACACAUUAUUAACGUUGAGAAAGACCAACUCAUUAUUAUUUUUUCAAGUGUGCCACAUUAUUUUCCAAAAAUCUAAAGUACCAGCAAACAUUAUCAAAAAGUCCAUUAAAUUUUUUUUGCACAGUAUUUCUGUAGUAUAAUUCUCACUUCAAAUCAUCAAGUCAUAUGCUCACAACAUUCCAUAUACAUUUAAUUAAAAUAUUGUAAACUUAUUCACUUAAGGAAAAUGCCCUCUUGAGCAAAAAUGGAACACUUUGAGAUAAUUGAACAUUGACACCUAUUCAGCAUUCAGAUAGAGGCUGAAAACAGAUUUGUUUAGUCAGGCAUAUAAAUAUUCGCAAAAUCAAUUACUGUAUAUAUUUUUUCUUUUAAUCUUUCCUUUUAAACGUACUAUAGCAUUAUUUUUUAAUUUAUGUAAGGCAACAUGGACAAUGUUAAUUUAAUUCAUAUCUUUUUAACUUUAUUUAUUUUUGUAUCUGGUGCAGGCUCAAGGUGAUUUGGUUUACGUUUAUAAGUUUAAUGUAGUGCAAGAAAAUCUUCACCACUGGCAUCUUAGACUUUCUUAUUGGUGGUGAAGGCCCAGAGAUUUGUAAAGCUGCUCUGUGAUGAUACCAGAUAUAAAAUGCAAUACGUAUUGUAAAUAAAAUGUGAUUGGUGGACUUGCUCCAUAUUUUGGGAAGGCAGAUGUUUGGUCUGGACAGGCUCUGGUCCCGGAUGACACUGACAACACUGGAUUGAAUUAAAGAGAGUCUGGAAAAUGA